AUGGACCCUUUGAAAGCUGGUGCUGCUCCCACUUCACCAUUUCCAUAUCACCAAACACACCCUCUAAACACAAAGUUUCACACACCACAAGUGUUUUUGCGUCUAGCUAGCUUUGAAGCAAUGACAUCAACUACACUUUUUCUCAUACUCAACCUCCUCUUCUUCACUUUGGUGAGCUCAACCUAUGUCCCAUGCCCACCACCACCAAAGAGUCCCAAGCACCCCCACCCCAAGCCCCCAAAGAGCCCACCGGCAGUACCGGCACCGGCUAAGGCCACUUGCCCUAAGGACACACUCAAGUUGGGUGUGUGCGCCAACUUGUUGAAUGAUUUGGUGCACCUUGUGGUUGGAACCCCACCCAAGACUCCAUGCUGCAGCCUCAUUGAGGGUCUUGCUGAUCUCGAGGCCGCAGUGUGCCUUUGCACCGCCAUUAAAGCUAACAUCCUCGGAAUCAACCUCAACGUUCCGGUUUCGUUGAGCUUGCUGCUCAACUACUGUGGAAAGAAGGUCCCAAGUGGCUUCCAAUGUGCUUAGAGUUGAUCACUCUAUGUUCCACAAUUUCUCUACUUCAUAAGCUUUUCUUUCUCUUUUCUUUCUUGGUGUGUUUGGUAUUUGGAUUAUUAUUGUUUGAAGCACUUAUAAUUAGUGCAUGUCAUUGCUGUUUUUAUUAAUGUUGUUUGGCCAAAACUGUUGAUUUCAAGAAGGCUAUAUAUGAUCAUUUUCUUUCUCAUAUAUACUAUUUUCUAUAUUCUAGCAAUAAAGGUCUUUUAACAAA